CGUUUUAGAAAGUAAAAACAAUAAUAUUAUCACAUUAGUGAUGAUAAAAAUUAUUAAUCAAAUAAUUAACCGCAGUAACCAUUGUGGUAUCUUUGUGAGACAAAGAUAAUAUAGUGGUUAUAUCUUCUCUCUAGGACUGCAGCAUCUUAAUAUGUUAGGAGUCACGAAUUUAGAUACAUCUAAAUAAAGAUAAUAAUAUUAUUAUUUAUUAUCUAUCAUUGUACCACAGAAUCACACAGAAUACAUAUAAUUGUAUUGCAGUAUUGUUUUUCUGUUAUGAAUAUUGCACAUGAAAAAUAGUUGUAUUUGCAUGUGUAUUCAGUGUAAGUUGUGUUUAUUUUUUAUUGUUUUUAUACAUAAAUCUUAUUAUGCAUGUUUAUCUUUGUUACUCAUAAGAUAAUUGAGACUUGAAUCAAUGGCUCUUACAAAUAAAUUAUUGUUAAGUCAAAUAGCUGGUUACACUAUAGCAGCAAUUCUUUCACUAUGUAUUAUUAUACCAAUGAGUCUUCAUCAAGAUGAAUUUAAGUAAUACAUCAAUAUAUAUAUAUAUUCAUGCAUAUAAUUUAUAAAUCUAACUGAUAUUUUAAUAUUAUAGAGGAUAUUGUCUUUUAUUUUCUUCUGGGCAAUGGCUUGAGAAAAAUGGCCAGUUCGUAGUAAACUGGGCAUCUCAGGCUUAUUGUAAUUAUUCAAUUUUUGUUGGAGUUUUGUUGUUGGUUAUAUCAUCAAUUCAAACAUAUAGAAUGUCAAUUUUCGCCUACAAAGGGACUGACAGGUAUGUAAUUUCAAAUUUGUUUGAUUUUUUUAUAUGAAUAGUUUAAUUAGUUGUUUACCAUUUCAUUAUUUAUUUUAUACUAUAAUUUUUAAUUUAUAAAUUAUUAGUAUAAACUACAGUGAAGGUAAUAUUAUCUUUAUUAUACCAAGUACAAUACAAUAUUAUUAAUGAUAAUGUAAUUUUGUUUUAGUUAUUUUUAGGGAUCACAUUUUUGAUCUGGUUAAUUGAAAUCAAAAAUUUAUUUUAUUUUUUAAUUAUACAAUUUUAUAAUAAGAAAUUCUAUUCAAAUAUUUAUUUUUCAAGGAUCAAAAAAAGAAUAGCUACUGAUAUUUUUUUUAUUACCAAAUAUAAAAAAAAAACAAUGAUAAAACUAAUAACUUCUUCACUACACUCAGAAUUUAAUGUAUAAUUUGCCUUUAUUACCAUAUUCAUAUCUGUAUUAAUAAAAAAUAUAAAUCAAUAAGAUAUAUGUCAUAUAUAUAUAUAUAUAUAUAUAUACACAUAUAUAUAUUCAAAAAAUAUUAUUAAUUUUAUUUGAAUUGUUAAUCUUUUUUAGUUCGUUUUUGUUGACAUUCAUUGAUGCCAUUACAUGUGCUCUUAUGUGUAUUUUCACAAUUAAUGCCGCUUUGAUCAUAACAUUUGGAUUUAUGACAUGGUGUAAUGAUAUGAUUGAGAGAUUUCCAUCGUAAGUUUUUCUUACAUAAUGAUUACAUAAUAAGUUAACUAGCGAUAUAUUUUAAAUUAAUAAUUAUAGUAGGUGAAUUGAGCUAAGCUAACUUUUGAAAUAAGAUAAAUAUGAUUUUGUAGUAAUUAUAGAUAUACCGAUUAUGUGAUUAUGGGUGAUUACCGAUUAUGGGUUCUGUUGUAAACGAGUAUGAAAAACUAGUUUAAAAAUAUUGUAAAAUCUAAAAAAAAAAUGGCUGAUACUGCUGAUGGGAGGCACAUUACUGUUGUAGUAGAUGGUAAGUUGGGGAGGUAGGAUACAUAAAGUUCUUUAAUUUAUAUCUGUAAGUAAUAAUAAACCAUUGCUAAUGAAAAACGAUUCUACGGGAAGUUUAUUUAUAUAUUAUGAUAUGAAAGGCAGUAAAAUUCGCAAUUUUUAUCAAAGUGUGCCCUAAAAUCAUUAUAAAAAAAAAAAAUUCUACAUUAUACUUAAUUUUUUACCACUAAAUACAACUCGUAACAAACCUCUUAAAUUUUCAAGCAUUUUUGUUUGGUCAAAAAAUUGUAUCCACAUAGUGUCUAUUAAAUAAAAACUAUGUAAAAAACUUGCAAAAAUAAAAUCCUUGUAAAUAGUUAAGAAAAUCGCUAACAUGUUUUAAGUAUUUUUAGAAUGUUUAGAAAAGGUAAAUAUAAAUUUUUUGUCAAAAUUUUAAGUCAACGGAUAUUUUUAAUUGAAUCACAACAAAAAAACAAAGUUGAAAAUAAUGAAACCAUUACAGUAAUCCCUAAUUGUCCAUGGAUUUGUUAACCACGGUUAUGAUUAUCUCACGUUGAGUUGGAAAAACCCUUUAUUUAAUUAUUCAUACAUUUUAUCGCUUUUACAUGAACGCAGUAAUUUUUUUUAAUAAAGUUGGUAUCAACAUAAGGUUGAUCAUUUUUAUUAUGUCAAUAAGUAUAAUUAUACGUACAUACUAUGCCAUUAGAGACAUAUGCCCUAUAAGGUACACAUGCAACUUUAAUACAUUUGUCAGUUGUUCAGUCAUUAUGGUUUUGUUAACAACUUUUUUGUUGUUUUCUUAAAAACAACAAAUAGUACACCAUAGAUUUCUCAGUUUUCAUUUUAUGUUUUUUCCAAUUAUUUAUAAUGAAAAAUGCUUAUAUCAAAAAAUAACUUCCUUUCUCUGCAACUUAAUCUAAAAUGCAACAAAAAAGAUAUCUUGUUAUUUUUCAAUAAGCAAGUUUUCUGUUUAAAAAGUGGUUUAUAGACAAAAAAAAAAAAACAAACCAUAAUAAAACCAAUAGAUCCCUUGCUCUGAUCCGAAUCUAAAGGAAAUUAUAUGCUGUCUUAUUAUUAUUCCCUAAAAGUAAAAUACUUAAUUAAAUUCUAAAUUGUACAUUGAUUAAGAUAACAUUUUUGGUUAUAAUAUAAAUUCAUUAAUAUUCUAUUUGUGUUCCCAUAUUCUAUAGCAAAUUAGUUUUAUAAUUUUUGGAGAUAGUUCAUAUUAGUUAUGUACUUAUGUGAUUUGUUUACAUAUUGAAAAUAGUUUAUUUCAAAACAAAAAUUACUUAGAACAUUUAACUUUUUUAUUAUAAAUUAAUUUCUAUACUUGUAUUUAUAGCCUAGAGAGUCUAUGUAGAGUAAAAUAAGAAUUUUCAGUAAGUAUAAGAAAUUAAUAUUGCUGUAUAAUUAUAAUUAUAUUGUAGUAAAUAAUAUAUCUAUGUAUUAAUUUAGUUAAGUUAUUCAAUUAUAAAUAUAUAUCAAUUUUAAGGUGUGAAAUGGCUGCUGGAAAUUCAAUUGAUAUUCAAGAUGGAAUUGAUACAUCUGGAUUUUACUUUCAACUUGGAGUAGCUCAGGUAUUUUUACUCUUUGUUUGAAUAUCAUUGAAAAACAGUUGUAUACUAAUUUAUAUUAUUAUUGUUUAACUCUUAAACUCGCUAUAAUUAUCCAAACAGUAUUAUUUAGAAAAAUAAAUUUUUUAGUUUCAUUCCAUACUUACAUUUAGUUUAUUCUGUUAUUAAAUUUAAAUGAUACUAGUAAAGUUAGUGAAUGAUUUUUUUAGAAGAGUUCAAUUACAUUUAAGUACAAAUUGAAAUUAGAUUUAUUAUUUUAGUAAAUUUUAUUUUAUCAAAGAAAAUAUGAUUAUCUGUAUUAACUAUUAUAAUGUUUAAAUCUUGGUACCUAUUAUUUGUACAAAGUUAAAACCAAUUCUCCAUAAAAAUUAUUAAGGUUAGCUUAUCAAGUAAAAAAUGUUAAAAAAUUGUAUCACCUAAUUUGAUGAAUAUUCAAAAUGUAUAGUGGCUACACCGGCAAAAAGAACUGUUCAGAAUUGUUCUAUAAAAUAGUUAUUUUUAAUAAACACAAAUAAAUAAUUUCAAUAAAAAAUAAUUGUAUAAUAGUAUUAAAUUACAAGCUUGAGUUAUAUUGAUCAAAGCGAGAAAAAUGCUGAACAAUUAUUGUAACCCAUAAUUUUUUUUUUUUUUUUUUAAUAUUUACCAUAAUCUAGUCUCAAUUACCUUUUUAUAGUUUGGAAUAUGGGCUUCAUGGUCUUGUUGGGUUGGCUUGACAGUUUGCAGUAUGUGUAAACUCUGUUAUUAUCAUCAAAUGAGUAAUAUGAAAGCCUCAAUGUUACGAGAAAGACAGAAACUUAUUGACGAAGGUAUGGCUGCUACAUCACAAGUGACUUCAUACAUACCUCAAAACGAUAUUUUAGAUAAAAGUAAUAAUUCUAAAAUUGAAUCACAGCCAUCACAAUCCAUCAAACAUUAGUAUAGUUUUAAUAAUUGAUGUAUAUUAUUUUAAUUAAUCCAUUAAAUAACGGCUUGAUUAAGACUUUUAGUUUAUUCAUUUGUACAUAAUUAUAAAUAUGUUUUUAUAGUUGAUUUUUUCUGCAAUGGGUAAAUAUAAAUAUACAUUGUUUUUCUCAAAAUCAAUAAUUAAUCAAUAAUAAUAUUAUAUAAUGAGUUUCUGUUUAUGCAAUAUGGAAUUAUAAGGAUUAAUAGAUUAUAAGUAGGGUUUGGGACUUGCAGCAUUUUUUUGGUCUAACAUAAAAUCUACCAGAGUGCUAAGGAAACUCAUGUCAUGUAACAAUGAUCUUAAAUAUGAAACUUGAAAGUGUUUUUUUUUUUUUUUUGAUUAUUUUGAUUGUUUUUUUCAAGUUUUUCUAAUUAUUUUUGCUUUUUUGUAUAUUUUUGCUUAAUUGACAAAAACCUAGACAUUUUUAUUAAUUUCUGUUUUUUUUUGGUUUUUAUUCAUGGUAAAACUAAGGUACACAUUGAGUAUCCUAUAUACAUCCUAUAUUAAAUAUUCUGUAUGAGUUACCGUAUUUCUUGUCAACAGCAUAAAAAUGUAAUAAUGACGGUGAUGAAUAUUUGUUUGGUAAAAUAUUAGUCCACAGUCAAAAAUAAUAGGUAUCUGUUUGAAAGUGUAUUACAACUCAUAACCUACUCUGGCUAUUUUAUAUAAAUUUAUUAAUAUUAUAUUUAAUUAAUAUAUUAACUAUAUACGUUGGUAUAACUAAUGUAGUACAAUUACGAAUUUGAUGUAAAUAUUGUCAAAUAUUUACUAUUGGUUUGUUAUUUAAUAUUCAAUUAAAAUUUAGUAUUUUAAUAAAUGUAUAAUAUGUUGGUUUAAUUAAAAAAUAAUAAUGAUAAAGGUAAUAUUAGUUAGUUUUUUACAGAAUACAUUUGUAUAUUAUUAUAUUUUUGACAUGUUACAUUUUAUAUAUUUUAAUGAUAAAUAAAUAAAUUUACUUUGUAUUUUUGUUAGAUUAUUGUUAACUAGUUAAUUAUAUAUUUGUGUAAAAUACUUUUUUAUAAUUUACGUAAGGUUUAUUAUUGUAAUUAUUUCAUUACAUAUUAAUUCUAAGUUUUAAAGUUUUACCCAUUGUGAAAGUUAAAUAUUGUAAUUAAUUGAAUAUAAUUAAAAUAUAUAUUUAAUUUAAUAGGAUAUUAUUUGCAAUAUUACUAGUAAUAUUAUAUUAUAAUAAUAUGCAAUACAAUACCAC